UGUGAUAAAUUGUGUCCAAAGUAAAUUACCUAAUAAUACGCAGAUAUUUAAAGCGAUGGUAAGCAAAUAUUUAAUUAUUUGCCUGCUCAUAAUAAUCAAUCAUAAUAAGUGCAUAUUAAUAUGCCAUCUGCUGAGCAAGAUUCAGCCGUUUGGAAACAACAAAUGCUAUGUAAUUGUUAUCGAAAAAACUUGGUGUGGAAACGUAGCGAAAAAUUGAACGAAUAGAAGAGAUAUCCGAUAGUCCAUUCAUAAAAACGUGCUUCAUUCUCUUGUUGUUAACCAUUGGAACGAGCUCAGUUUGCUACUGACCAGUUCGUUUGCUAUAACCCCCCAACCAUAUCUACCCUUGAACUUUAGCAGUGAUUGCUAUUAUCAGCAGAGAGCAGAUAUAAGCGUAAUGCAUAGAGGUUAAUACGAAAAUUAAUAGUAUUAAUUUAAAAAAAGAAAACGAUGGCACCAAACGCAGCGAGACCUGUAGAGCGUUACGAGUCCAAUAACCAUGGCGUGAACGCUAUUCUAUUGGGCCCUCCCGGCUCGGGCAAAGGGACACAGGCUCCUUUGCUUAAGGAAAAGUUCUGCGUGUGUCAUUUAUCAACUGGCGACAUGCUACGCGCCGAAAUCGCAUCGGGUUCGAAACUUGGCUCAGAUCUGAAAAAGGUUAUGGAUGCGGGUAAACUUGUAUCCGAUGAUUUGGUUGUGGAUAUGAUUGAUUCUAACUUGGACAAACCCGAAUGCAAAAACGGAUUUCUGCUGGAUGGAUUUCCCAGGACGGUUGUCCAAGCUGAAAAGCUUGAUACGUUGCUUGACAAGAGAAAGACUCACUUGGAUGCUGUUAUUGAGUUUGCUAUUGAUGACAAUCUGUUGGUCAGGAGAAUAACCGGUCGUUUGAUUCAUCAAGCAAGUGGCAGAUCCUACCACGAGGAGUUUGCGCCACCCAAAGUACCAAUGAAAGAUGAUAUUACUGGGGAACUUUUAAUGAGGCGAAGUGACGAUAAUGCCGAGGCCCUAAAAAAACGCUUGGAAUCGUAUCAUAAGCAAACGAAACCACUGGUUGACUACUAUGGCCUGAGAGGAUUACAUUUUAAAGUCGAUGCUGCUAAGAAAGCCAGCGAUGUCUUUUCAUCGAUUGACUCAAUUUUCCUAAGGAAAGCUCAUGCAAACGCUUAAGCUCUAAUUGGUUUUCCACUACAAUUCAUACUACUCUACUGCCUGUUUCAUUUCGAUAAUUAACGAAUAGUUUAAAACACUGAAAAGCAAUUGACAUCUGUUAAAAAUUGAUUUAAUAUUAUUUGCGGCGCUGCAAAUCUAAUUGUACAUUUUUAGAAAUAAAUACGGGUUUAUACAACUAUUCAAGUAAAAAGUA